UCAGCAUCCAUUUGUCUCAUUAUGCGAGCAUCGGACGCACAGGUAGAUGGAAGCUGAUGUUCAGGACUCGAGGCAACAGAUCAAUGGGUUCCCCUGAUGUGCACCAUAAAGUAAUCUGGCGUGUUGUGACACGUUAUUUUCCGUGCCUGCCGGCAACAGCUCAAGCUAUAGUAGUAUUUUCUGAGCACGUCUAACGGCAGACUCAAUGCUUCACAACCUCAAAUUUCGACUCUCGGGCAUAUUGCACGUAUUUGGGCCUAGUGCUUUCGCCAUUAGCAUCAUUUUGAACAUCUUCACCAUACUGCGCUUGCAACAUCAGUCUGUCGAUGAUAAACAGUACUCUUAUAUCGGUAAUGAUCAUCCGAUCGAAUUACCCCUCGACUUGGAGAUCGUCGCAUUGACGUUUGAAGACUCGAAGUAUUACAGUACUUCGGGGCUCACGGCCUGGUCGGAGUGGAAUCUGCUCGAUCACUUUCAACAAGGCCACGGAUUCGUGCGUCUGGGAGCAAAUGGGCGACUGUUUGGUGUCUCGAUGUUUCACCAGCUUCAUUGUCUACAAAAGAUUCGAUUAGCCCUUAUUAAUGGGCCCAAUGAUCAUAGUGGCCACUGCCUCAACUUCUUGCGACAGGCCAUUCUUUGCAAUUCUGAUACUACCCUCGAUCCAGUCUACACCAAUGGAUCGGUGUCAGGCUCAGACGGCUUGGGUGUCACGCACAUAUGCCGAGAUUGGUCGCAGGUUUAUGCGUACAUUGAGGAGAAUCAGAGGAGCCCUGUGUGGGCAGAGCACAAGACAGAGAUGUAAUCAUAAUGCGAAGUCAAGUGGGAGGAUCUGAUUUCGCACUAACGCUGGAUGAGAUCAGCUCGUAAAAUACUUACUUAUAAAUCUCAGUUGGUGCUCGAAGCGGUAGCCGAGUCCAAGGCUAUUCAA